CCCCAGGGACUUUGCCUCCAGCGUGUCUUGCGCGGCUCCCGGCCCCCGGCUCCCCUGCUAGCCUCUCGGCCUGCUGCCACGGCCGCUGGGUGGGCAAGUGUUUGGAUGGUCACAGCCCUGGGUCCAGGACUGGGCCACGUCCCGGGAGCUUCCGCUUGGAUCUCCACACCCUCAUGCGCACCCCCCGCCAUACCCCUUCCCGGCCAAGCCAAAGCGAAGGGCUGCUGACUUGGGACACCCACAAAGCCGGAAGCAAGUUGGAGCCCUGCCAGGCCGCCUGUGCCAUGGAUUCUAAGGUCAGCAGUGGUUCAGGCCUCCAGGAUGAGCGCAUCACAAACUUGCUGGUGUUUGGCUUCCUCCAAAACUGCUCCAACUGUAAUUUCCACAAAGAGUUGGAGGUGCUGGGCCGUGACCUGCCCGUGCCGGCUUACCUGCAGGGGGACCAUGACGAUGGGCUGCAGACAGAUGGCAACUGCUGCACCUACUUCCUGGCAGGUGGGGAGAGAGAUUCUCAGGGUCAAGAAGAAAUCAUCCAGGAUAUCGCCAGGCAGCUCGCCGUAAUAGGGGACAAGAUGGAUCGCAGCAUCCACCCAGGACUGGUGAAUAACCUGGCAAUGCGGUUUAUGAAUGUGAACCUAUCGGAAGAAGACAGAAGGAGGUACCUCGCCACUGCGCUGGAGCGGAUCAUGCAGACUUACCCUACGGACAUGGAGGAGGAGAAGACCAUGCUGAUGUUGGCCAUGCUCUUGGCCAAAAAGGUGGCCAAUCACACACCAUCCUUGCUCCGUGAUGUCUUUCGCACAACAGUGAACUUUAUUAACCAGAACCUAUUCACCUAUGUGAGGAACUUAGCCAGAAAUAAUAUCUUCUUGUACUGAUACUCACCCUCGUCAUGAUGUAAGAUGCUAAGGUGCCUAUGUGAUGAGAUGAAGGGAGGUGAAUGACCAGGCACUGUGACGAGGCAUUAGGCUACUACCGACCUUCUGAGGAUCCAUCAGAAAGAGGACCAUCUGCUUCUGGACCGCGGCGCACCGCGGGUAACUGAGCCACGGGAAAUGAAGCUGCAGACAAAGGGACUACCGUCAUGCUUGUGAGGAAAUUGGUUCAGAGGCCAGAAACUGUUUCUAUAAAGCAACCAAAUAGUCAACAGGCUCUCUGUGAAACAUGAUCACCACCUCAAGUUCUUUGAAAGAUAAAUUUGUGUAAAAAGACCUCAGAAAUUAAAAGAAAGGACAAAAAUCUUA